AGAUGCCAUUGUUGUGUGACUGUGAAGAGUGAUCAACUCUGCUUCACAGUAGACCAAUAGGGCUCUACGACCGCACACACUAUCCUCAAGACACCCUUCUCACACGAAACCCACAAUCACUCCAGGGACAUGGGGAAUUCUACAGGAUGCACCGUGGAUGACCUCCAGGCUGUUGAGAUGCACCUCUGGUACAAAAAGUUUAUGACAGAGUGCCCCUCUGGGCAGCUCACUCUACAUGAGUUCAAGCAGUUCUUCGGACUCCGAGGGUUGGACCCCGAAGCCAAUGCAUACAUCGAGCAGAUGUUCCGUACUUUUGACAUGAAUAAGGAUGGCUACAUAGACUUCAUGGAGUAUGUGGCUGCCUUGAGUCUGGUGAUGCGGGGUAAAAUGGAACACAAACUACGCUGGUACUUCAAGCUGUAUGACGUAGACGGCAAUGGCUGCAUUGACCGACAUGAGCUCCUCAACAUCAUCAAGGCCAUCCGUGCAAUCAAUGGAUGUGAAACCCAGGAAACAAGCGCAGAGGAGUUCACUAACCGUGUGUUUGACAACAUAGAUGUGAAUGGAGAUGGGGAGCUGUCCUUGGAGGAGUUUGUGGCUGGGGCUCGCACCGAUGAAGACUUCAUGGAGGUGGUGAUGAAGACUCUGGACCUCAACCACAUAGUGGCCAUGAUUCAUAGCCGGAGACACAGCGUUUAGAUGUCUCCCCCUUCUCCACCCUUACUCUGCUACAUCCCUACCCUCAUGGCGGUCACCCAUACCCUAAAGGUCUCAGCCUUCAUGUGAUUUAACCCAUUUUGUUAUUAUAAUGGAAAUGAAUCAGGUCUAAGCUUUAAAUGCAUCUCUGUAUAGUGUCAGACCACGCGUGUGUAACUCAAAGACACACACACAUGAUCUAAAUCUCUCAAAGUCCUGCAUGGUGAAAAGCAUUAUCUUUCAGACAGUCACCUGACCUUGAGACACAAGUAGAUCUUAAUCAAGGAUGCUACAGGGCCUAGAGAGUAAGGUGGAAACUCUUUGCCUGUACCAACUGCAUUUUUCCAAUAUGAAAAGCCUGUUUCUCUCUCGUUUCCAGCCAGGUUGUGGGAACCUCUGUUGAGCUGUUACGCUCAGUGUCCGUGGGGUCUAUAGCAGGCAGUUAAAGUUCAGUUUUCACCUACGAUAUGAUGAAAUGGUUAGAUAAUCUGGAGAGGGACAGUUCUUGAGAACUUGGAAUACACUGAGCCACAAAGCAAACUCGAGAUCGUAGACCCCAAUUUUCAAAGAGAUUAAACAAGCUGCAUUAUCAGUUGUAGAAUCUGCCGACUGAAAAGUCUAUGUAUAAAUAGAACUUUGAAAAUAAUGAUAUAUCAUGUAAAGACUUUAAUAUUUUAUCAGUAACUGGUACCUGUUGUACAAUGUGUAUUGUAUGUUAUGAGA